AUGCUCAGCAUAAAGGACUUCAAGAAAGAAGCAAAUGGAAAAAGUCUUAGAGAAAUAGACGAUAGAAUAAAUAAAGAGAAUUGGAUAGAAGUGUGGAGUGCCGAAGAUAAAAAAGAAGAGCGGCAGAAACUCUAUUGCAAAGUGAACUUCCUUCAAGACGAAGUGGUGGACAAUGGUGUUGUUGACAAAAAGGAAUUUAUUCGCUCUCACGUAGCUUGA